CCUCUGUUUGUUUCACGUGACUUCUUCGCUUUUAAAAAUCCUCACCUCUUCAUCGCUCGAGGUCGAACUUUUAAUGCUUAGUUUAAUGAAAACGACUUCAUUGCUAGAACAGUUUUUCCUGCAGUGCUCCUUGAAAGCUAACGUAUUGAGACAUAUAGUAAACCAAACACAAUGUUCAGAAGUGUGGUACGCCUUUUUCCGACGUUGGGAUCGAGGUUGGCAUCCACUAUGGUCAUUAGACCUGCAUUCACUCCAGCUCCAACUAGCAUGAUUUUCCACUUGAAGCAAAAUUUGGAAAUUGCUAGCCCAAGUCAAAAGCAUUUUGGAAUCAUGCAGCAAAUUUGCGAAAAAGUUGAACCACUCAAUGAAGCUGGUGCAACAGAGAUGGUUAUGACUUCUGUUUUGAGAAAAAGAAGGUUAAAGAUGAAGAAGCAUAAAUUAAGAAAGAGAAGAAAGGCCCAAAGAGCACUAAGAAUCAAGAUAGGUAAAUGAAGGUAGCUGAUAACGAUACUAAUCGGGAAGCAUACAAGUUCUUCAGUUAGUUUUCUCUGCAUCUGGACACCACAGGCAC